AUGGGAGAGAAACCUUAUGGUUAUAGUGAAUGUGGGAAAGCCUUUACUUUCAAGUCACAGCUCAUUGUACAUCAGGGAGCACACACUGGGGUAAAACCCUAUGGCUGUAAUCAGUGUGUAAAAGCGUUCAAUUUGAAGUCACAGCUCAUUGUACAUCAGAUAAGUCACAUAGGAGGGAAACCCUAUGGAUGCAAUGAAUGUGGGAAAGCUUUUAGGAUAAAGUCCUACCUCAUUAUACAUCAGAGGACUCACACAGGAGAGAAACUCCAUGAAUGCAGUGAAUGUCGGAGAGCCUUCAGUUUUAAUUCACAACUUGUUAUACAUCAGAAAGUUCACACAGGGGAGAAUCCGUAUGAAUGCAGUGAAUGUGGAAAAGCCUUCAGUCGGAAAUACCAGCUCAUUUCACCGCAGAGAACUCACGUAGGGGAGAAGCCCUAUGAAUACAGUGACUGUGGGAAAACUUAUGGUUUGAAGUCACAGUUCGUGAUACACCAGAGAACUCAUGCAGGGGAGAAGCCCUAUGAAUGCAAUGACUGUGGGAAAACUUUUGGUUGGAAGUCACAGCUCCUGAUACAUCAGAGGACUCAUACAGGAGAGAAACCCUUUGAAUGUAUUGAAUGUCGGAAAGCGUUUAAUACAAAGUCAAAUCUUAUUGUACAUCAGAGAACCCACACAGGAGAGAAUCCCUAUGAAUGCAGUGAAUGUGAGAAAGCCUUUAACAGAAAAGAUCAGCUCAUCUCACAUCAGCGAACUCAUGUUGGGGAAAAGCCUUAUAGGUGCAGUGAGCGUAGGAAAGUCUUUAGUAGCAAGUCAUACCUCAUUAUACACAUGAGAACUCAUUCAGGAGACAAACCAUACGAAUGUCACAAAUGCGCGAAAGCCUUCAUUUGGAAGUCACUUCUCAUUGUACAUGAGUGAACUCAUGCAGGGGAAAACCCUUAUAAAUGCAGUCGAUGUCAGAAAUCCUUCAGUGAAAAAUUAUGGCUCAUUAUACAUCAGAAUGAACACAAGAGAGAAAAACCUUAUGGGUGCAGUGAAUGUGGAAAAACCUCUCAGAAAUCAAUUCUCAGUGCACAUCAGAGAACUCAUACAGGAGAAAAACCCUGUAAGUGCAGCGAAUGUGGGAAAGCCUUUUGUUGCAAGUCACAGCUCAUUAUGCAUCAGAGAACUCAUACAGAUGAGAAACAUAUUGGUGAAGUAAAUGUAAGAAACUUUCUCUCAAAAGUCAAUUCAGGGCUUUCCUGGCAUCGGUUUCCCAAGGGUGUUCCCCAGACGGCCUGCUCCCCGUAG